AUGUCAAGCAACUUACAGAUGCGACCAGGAACUGCGCUUGGUGGAUCGAGAUUUCUUGCUAAUUUAAAUCGAGAUUCAGACAUGAAUUCAUUAAAUUCCAGAGAAAAUUUAUCAAGGACAGAUUCAAUGCCACGAAGAUUAGAAGGGAGACCACCUCCGAUUCCAAGGCAGAAUCUUCAGCCAAAUCCAGAACAAGAUAAUCUAAAUUCUUCAUCUCCACCACCAAUGAAUAACCAACCUCCUCCACCUGAAAACCAACAUAGUGAAGAGAUAAAUGGCGUUAAAAUAACCAUACAAAACCAAGAAAACGUUCGGCCGCAGUCAGCAAGAUUUCUGACUGGAUCUCUUUUUUCCAAAAACGAUGAUGAGCCUAAUCCACUUAAUAUCCGACCCCAAUCUGCAAGAUUACUCCCGAGUUCGAAUAAUAACGACCAAUUGUUCACGCAAACUCAACCGGUACAAACGCCUCCACCGCAGCCAAAAGGAGAUAUUGUAUUUCCCAAGAUACAGACUGAAGGAAAUCCACAGCCAAAAGAGGUCCCUCCCCCAAUUGAUGUAGCUCAUUUCACAAAUACCUAUUCAUCUGAUAGCUACAACUUUACCCCAAGUGCUCCUCCUGAGAGUACUCCUAUAAAUCCGCAAGUUGAGGCAGCUAAACGUUUAAGUCGUACUGAGAAAAAGCUAAUAGAUACGAUCAACAGAUCUUUAACUAAUUUCAAGCAAUCAUUCACACGAGAGCUAAGCAAAUCAUUCAGAAACGAUUAUUACAACUCUACUCAAGAGCUCGAUCAGUUCAAAAAUGAUAUAAUUAAUGAAACUAACGAUUUUCUGAAAACUAUCGAAAUCUACCCAAUUGAUGUAACAUCAAUUUCUAACAGAAUCGGUAUUACGCUUGAUGAUGGCGCAAAGCAUAUUAAAAUGCUGUUAUCUGAUAGCGAAAUGCAACAACAAACGAAAUUUGAAUCUAAAAAGGAUUUACUUACAGAUUACAGUCGCUCAUUAAACGAGUACUGCAAAGCAUAUACAGAUAAUACGAAAGCUAUUUUAGAUAAGUUAAAUUUAGCUUUAAGUCGGAUUAAUCAAGAAAAAGAUAAGAUUAUAUCGAAGCGUCAGGAAAUUACAAGGAGACAACGCUCUAUUAAACUAAAACGUUCGGAUUUGGAAAAUACAGCUGCAAGACAAAAAUUAGAAAUCGAAAACUCGCUUAGAACAGCAGAACAGAUUCAAGCCGCACUCGAAAAUAUGAACGAUGAGGACUCUACUCAAAAUAAGUCAGAAAUAUACAGAAACAUCGAUCAAGAAAUUGAUAAAAUCCUCAAUUUCUUGGACAACAAUGAAAUGUCAGAAUUUCAAGACGCAGCCACAAGAAUUGCUCAGAAUAUGGAUGCUGUCAACUCUGGACUUCUGGCUGAUUUCAAUGAUAUUAAUGAUGCGGAAAUUAUGGCCGCUCAGUCUAUUCGAACGGCUUUAUUACAGAUGCCAAGGCCAGUACCAAUGAUAAGUUUCGUCAAUGAAGACUCUCCAACGAAAUCUGUUGGACGUGUGAAAAAUCAUUAA